GAAUUCUCAUAGCAAUUCGUAGUUUUACACAGAAGGUCUUCUUCUUCUUCUUCUUCUUUCUUCUUCUUUACUUUUGAAUCAUCUCUUACGUUCUUCAUUUGAUUACUUUCUUGGCAAAAGAAAGAGAGAAAAAAAUGGCUCCUGAUACCGUUAGUAGUGCACCAGUCCCUGGUAGUCUUGUUAAGGCUGCUAGUAUAUCUAGCCGUGCCUACGUUACAUUUCUGGCAGGGAACGGUGACUAUGUGAAGGGUGUGGUUGGUUUGGCCAAAGGGUUGAGGAAGGUGAAAACUGCCUACCCGUUGGUGGUUGCAGUUUUGCCUGACGUCCCGGAGGAGCACCGCCGCAUACUGGUGAACCAGGGCUGUAUAGUCCGGGAGAUUGAGCCUGUUCAUCCUCCUGAAAACCAGACUCAGUUUGCCAUGGCCUACUACGUUAUCAACUACUCCAAACUUCGCAUCUGGGAGUUUGUGGAGUAUAGCAAGAUGAUAUACUUGGAUGGUGAUAUUCAAGUGUUUGAGAACAUAGAUCACCUCUUUGAGUUGCCAGGGGGAUACUUUUAUGCUGUCAAGGACUGCUUCUGUGAGAAGACUUGGAGCCACACCCCACAAUACCAGAUUGGGUACUGUCAACAGUGCCCUGAUAAGGUCCAGUGGCCUCAAGAGUUGGGUCCUAAGCCCCCUCUUUACUUCAACGCCGGCAUGUUUGUUUAUGAGCCCAGUCUUCCCACAUAUGAUGACCUCUUGAGCACCCUCAAGAUUACCCCUCCUACCCCUUUUGCUGAGCAGGACUUCUUGAACAUGUUCUUCAGGGAUGUUUAUAGGCCAAUUCCGCCAACUUACAACUUGGUUUUGGCCAUGCUAUGGAGACAUCCGGAGAACGUUGAGCUGGAAAAGGUGAAGGUAGUCCAUUACUGUGCUGCUGGAUCCAAGCCAUGGAGGUACACUGGCAAGGAAGCCAACAUGGAUAGAGAAGACAUCAAGGUGCUAGUGAAGAACUGGCGGGAUAUUUACAACGAUGAGGCGUUGGAUUACAAGAGGUCCUCUGCAAAUGUUGCUGUGACGACUAGGGGUGAAGCUAAUGCUAGGAGGAGUCUAAAAACUAGAGCUCUUCGCUCCAUUCCGGCCCCAUCUGCAGCCUGAAAUAUGUAGCUGUGAUUUCAUCGAGAGAGAGAACUUUAAUUAUGUAUAUGGAUAUAUGAAGCAAAUCCAUCGUACUGUUAAUAGGCCUUCCAGCAUUUUUAGAAGGAUGGCUCUUUCAUAAGAGAUUGAUUUUUUUUUUUUUGUGUUUCACAUUUCUUGGUUUUGUAUAGAUUCGAAUCAUGUUUUGUGUAUCACAUUGCUUGGUUUUGUAUAGAUUCGAAUCAUGAAUAUGAAUUAUAUAUAUGUUAAUGAAAGGAACUGUUAAUUCUGCUAUGUCUAUAA